AUGGGCGAAGACGGCACAAAACUGCUUCAGCAGAGGCUGGCCGAACGAACCCGCGAACAUAAAGCAACACGCGAAGCAGCCUUAGAGAGCGAAUUUCGUAAGCUGCCUGUUCCAAUGUCAUCCAAGAACGACAAACUGGUGCACAAAUUGUCGUCAAGGGAGCUGACGGAGGAAGAAAUGCAGGUUUUACGGCAUGAGGCCUCAUUCAACACAGCCGAUGCCAAACCUGUCAACAUGAUCGCAGCAGUGGAAUCAAUCCUCAGCCAGACGGGAGCGACAGACGAAACGAAGAACCUUAUUCGACACCAAGUGUCCUCCAUCCUCAUGGCUCAUAGGCCGCGCGACGUGCUUUCCAAGGUCGAGCGCGAUGCACUUAAGGAACUCAGGGCCGACAACGACCUCGUUAUCGUGUUUGCGGACAAGGGGCGUUCAACGGUCGUAUUGGACAGGAUAGACUACAAUCAAAAGCCAGUAGCUUGUUGGAGGAUCAUGGGACAUAGUCCCAUGCGAAUCCAAUCCCAUAAAAACGCUGACACGCGAGAUUAA